UACCUGUCCAGGUAGCUCGCAUUUCCAAGCGAGCGGCGGCGCCCGCAGCACCUGUCGCCGGUGCGCGGGCCGGGAGCCCGGCGGGGGACAUGGCCUGGUAGCGGCCCCUGGGGGAGACGGUGCGGAGUUCGGUCCGGGACAGGGCAGGCCGAGGGAGGGGAGGUCCUUCCCGGGGCCGCGGGGCCGCAGGCAGCAUGAAAAAGAACCAGACGGUGCAGGGCACCUUCAGCAAACUCUUCGGCAAGAAGCACGCCAACCCCCCCAGCACCUCCCUCUACGCCACCAACCCCCCCUGGAUUUUCACCCAGGAGGCCCCGGAGGAGGGGAUCCGGGACUUCGGUGGGAUCUAUUAUGGAGAUAAUCGGUUUGACUCUGUGAGUGAGUCAGGGACAGCCACGCUGAAAGCUCGGCCAAGAGUUCGGCCCCUGCUGACCUUCCUUCCACUUAAUGCCCAGGAGAACCAUGGACUGGCUGUGCCCACCCCCUCUGUCCCAGGAGACUUUGCAGACAAAGAAGUGACAGGUACCAGCUCACUCGUCAACGGCAACCUGCGCCUGUACAGCUCUGUGGGUGACCUAAGGCCGGGGCACUAUGGGCAGGACCCACUCAUCCCUCCCCCUCCCCCAGGCCCGGCCCCGGGGCCACCCCCAGGCUUUUCACAGCUUCAGGAGGAAUCCCCCCCACCUCCACCUUCCAUGGCUCCCCCACCACCUCCCCUGCUGCUGGAACCCCCACCCCCACCCACCACGGCCCCACCUCCGCCCCCAGUAUUGGGGGCCCAAGCCCCCCUAUCCACCCUUUCCUCCCCAUCCACACCCACCCCUCCUGACUUCAUUCCUCCUGCCCCACCCUUGGCCUCUCUAGCCCCACCUCCACCCCUUUUGCCGGCCCCAGCACCCCCAGCAUCUCUUCAUACGACGGGGACUCGCUUCUUUCCCCCUGGGGGUGUCACCAAGUGGAAAUCAGAGGUAGCGCUGAAUGGCAGGCAGCCGGAGACCCCCAGAACCAGCCCCCCCCAGAGCCCAGCUGAGCCAAAGGGGAGCCUUCUGAGGCCUAAGCCAGAACCCCACCUCACUUUCCCCCGCUCAUUCAAGGUGCCUCCCCCAACCCCAGUCAGGACUUCGUCCAUCCCAACUCAGGAAGCACAGGGGACGCCUCCAGAGGAGGAAGGGGCCACCAAGAAAGCCCCCAAUCGACUCCCACUGCCUCCCAGCUUCCACAUCCGCCCCGCAUCCCAGGCCUAUCUGGACAGGGCCCCUGAGCCUGACUGCCCAGGGGAGCUCAGACCUGCAGCACCAGCCAGCCCCAGGCCGGGCCAGUCCCAGUCCCAGUCCCAGACUAAGGAAUGUACCGAGACUCCUCCGCCAGCCCCUCCCCUGCCCCCUCCUGCACCCCCACUCCCUCCCCCAGCACCGCCACUUCCCCCAGCUGCCCCUCCUUUGCCCACUGCUGAGAAGGCAGCCCCUCCACCUUCUAGGUUUACAAAAAACCCCAAAUCCAGCCCCCCAGCCCCCAACCCCAAACCUAACCCCCCCAGUCCGGAGGACACAGCGUCUUCAGCGCCUGUGGACUGGCGGGAUCCCAGCCAGAUGGAAAAGCUGCGGAGUGAGCUGGCAGCCUAUCUCUGUGGCUCCAGGAGGGAGGACCGAUUUGUCAGCCACAGGGCAGGCCCAACAGCGGCUUCACAGGAAAAGGAGGGCAAGAAGGGCCCCAGCCUGCCAGAGAAAGAGGCUCCCCCCAGCCUGCCAGAGAAGGAGAUCCUCCCAAGUGUUCCCGAGAAGAGUCCCUCCAGCCUGCCAGAGAAGGUGGCUGCCACCAGCCUGCCCCUCCCCCCUGUGGACUACAUCUCCCAAGACCCCCCAGCUCCCAGUGUCCGGCAGAUCCGGAGCGAGCUGGAGGCCCGGCUCUCCUCAUCAGCAGAGAAGGAAGCCAAGCCCAGCAUAGGGUCUCUGCCGCCCAAGCCUCGGCUAGAGGCGGGAAGAAUCUUUGAACAUAGGACGGAUAAUGGCGAAUUCUCUAAGCCUGUGGCCAGGAAUCUGCCGCCUCCAACCACCACCCCUCUGCCAACCACACCACUACAGUCCAAGGCCACAUCUGUGCCGGCCGCACCACCUAAGCCCACACCUGGACCGGCCACACCACCCAAGGUCACGCCUGCACCGGCCACACCACCCAAGGUCACGCCUGCACCGGCCACACCACCCAAGGUCACGCCUGCACCGGCCACACCACCCAAGGUCACGCCUGCACCGGCCACACCACCCAAGGUCACGCCUGCACCGGCCACACCACCCAAGGUCACGCUGGGGCCAGCCACACCAUCUAAGGCUGUGCCUGAGCCAGCCACACCAUCUGCAGCUACAACUGUACCCCCAUCAUCCGAGCUGACAGCAGAGAAGAAACUGGUCCCCGCUGGGCAGUGGGAGAAGCCAACCCCUCAGGAACUUACAGUGGCCUCCCAGACAGAGGCAGAAGGGCACCCCUCAGAGGCCAGUAAGCCUCCUGCACUGGGAGCCCUCUCAUCUCCAGCCCUCCCACCAAAGAGAUCCCCCGGCGGUGAAGGGGUAGCAUUUCUCUACAAGCCCCAUCGCAGCCAGGAAAGCCCCAGCCAAGAGGCUGCUGUGGCAAUGGGCACGCUGGCCACAGGGUCGGCGGGAGGGUCACGGGAGCCCGUGGAGGUGAAGGAGCCCCAGGGGCUGCCAGCUAAACCCCCAACCUCAGCCCCGCCUGCCGAUGAACUGCUCAGGCACCCGGUGACGGGGGAGGUGGUGCAGCCCGGCUCCCCCAUGGCUCUGCUCCUUGCGGCCAGGCAGAGGGCACAGAAGGGAAGGCCGGGAGGGGCUGCCCUGGGCCGGUCCUCCCUGCCAGGGAGUCUCCGGGGCCACGGCAGCCAGCCCCAAGCAGGCUCUGACAGCAUCUUCCACAAGGAGGGCCGGCCCAACUCCUUCACUGUGGUCCCCAAGUCACCCAAGGAGGCUGAGAAGGACCCCCAGCUGGCCUCCUCAGCACAGCCUCCGGUACCCAGUCAGUGGAAGCCCCAGCACCCCGGGGACCCAGAGGGCACUGAGCCAAACCACAGACACAACGGGACAAAGGCGGAGGCAAAGCCGGCGUUCUCCAUCCUCCCCCAGGGCCGCCUGCUGCCCAAAUCCUUCUCGUCCCCCCCUUCUCCUUCCUGCAAGAGGGAAGAGGAGGAGGACGACGACGACGAGGGGGAGUUCUGCUUUGAGGUCAUCCCGCCGCCGCCAGAGUUCAGCAACGACCCGGAGCCCCCCGCCCCGGCCCUCCGGUAUCUGGGGCGCCUGGGAUCCCCUCCCCGGAACAACUUCUUAGACUUGGGGCAGCCCUUGGCGCCUCGGGGCUUCUCGCGCUUUCCAGCCGGGGCGCACCACGCCGGGGCGGGGGGCCUGGAGCGCUUCGCCGGCGGGGGCCGGUCGCUCAUCAAGAAGCGCCUGUACGUCGGGGAGCCCCAGCGCAGCCCCGGGCAGCCCCGCGGCGGCACCGCCCGCAGCCUGAGUUCCCCCAACUGCUUCGGGCCGCCGCCUGGGGGCCCGGAAAUGCGGCGCGUCAACUCGGCGGGCCGCGCGCCCCCCGGCGGCCUGCACGCGCCGAGGCUGUCCAUGGAAGGCGCAGCCCGCGGGGAGGCCAAGUUCAAGGCGCCAGGCGGAGACUACGGCUUCUCCCCUGCGGCCGGCAGGUCUCCCCACGGAACCCCCCACUAUGGAAGCCCCAUCAAUACAUUCACCGUGAGGCCUGGGACCCGCCAUCCUAUCUCCUAUGCCUACUCGGGGAACCACCGGAAAGCCCCAUCCUGAGCCCAGGGUGUUCUCAGCUCUACUCCAAGGGGUCAGACCUGGGCACUUGUUUUUUUGUGGGGGUGGGAGGGACGCAGCAGGUGUUAGGCGGCCUGACUUAAACAUGCAGGAGUCUUUGUUACCCGAACACAGACGGAGGACGAGUGAGAAGCCGUGGGAAGAUGCACAGUGGGUUUCUGUUUCCCAAAGCACUGGCAUGGCUGUGGACUGUCUGCACAUGGGGAUGGGAGAGGGAAGGAGGGAGGAGAGGAGGAACCUUUAAGGGCCUGGAGCCCGAGUUUCCGCUAUCUGGUACUGUUUGCUUUAGCACAACUUAAAGCAGUUUUACCAGCGUGGACUCCUGAGCAGGUCCUGAAAGCAAGGGGUGGGGCACUAAGUCUGAAUGGGAAUCCAUCCCAAUGGCUGUGAUUGUCUGUCCAGUGCUCCCAGAGGGCUGAGGCCCAGCUCCAUCUGGGUAGGGGUGUGGGGCACUACACGUUGAGCUCUUUAGCCUCUGCCGGCCCACCAUUUGUCAUCCCAAGAGGUGAUUCCUAGGUUCCUAGCAUAGAAGCCACAUUGAGGUGGGACCAGGAAUGUGCACAUACAACCUGUGGAGCAGGUACUGGAACAGAGGUCUUUGCAUUGGCCAAGGGUGGGGAUAGCAGGGUGGAUGGUUCAUUUUCCCUGGCGCUGGCCCUUAGCCACAGGGAAGCCUAGAGAGAGAAGGAAGACUUGGCAAGUACAGGAUGGGAGACAGAGGAUUAAGUCUUGUUUUCCUACGCAGACCCAGGCAGCCAUGAUUUGGGGGAUUGGGCCCAAGGAGCCAGAAGACCUGGGAGCUGGACACCAAGGCCUAACCUAGGCAGAACCCAUUUGGGAUUUGGAGGGGGCAUCCUACCCAACCACCCCUCCCAAUCCCAACACUACAGGUCCCCAAUAUUAUUGGGCUUCAAAAUGCAUAGCGAAGAUGCUGGAAGAUGGGGAGUGGGAGGCGGCAGAGAUGGGCGGGCCCAGACCCGAAUUCUUGGGACCAGUCAAGGCAGGCUGCCUCGGUAAGGAGGAAUGGGAGGGAGUGGCCAGCCUCAGAGAAGCAGGCCGGUAGGACAGCCAGGAAGCAGCACCCUGUGGGGGCACAGUGUUGGACCUUUAGGACUUGAGGUCACUAGCCAAGAUACAGGUUGUGGGGACAGCAGGAGAGCCACUUCAGGGAAGGACAGCAGGCACCCCGAUGGCACAGGAUCUGGUUACCUGUGUUCAAGAAGCGAACCCCGCCCCAGACCAGCACUGGCCCUCUAUGUAUGUAUGUGUUUUCCCUGUACGAUGUUUUAUAAAAAAGAGUUCACUAAUUUAUCUGCUGUGUAAGGUUUGAACGGUGAGGCAUGGGCUCCCAGCUGUAUGUUGCUCUGGAGUAGGAGGGGAAGGACUGGCUGUCACUUGGCUUGGGAAAUAAACAGGCCAGUGUGGACUGGCCUCAGCUCUGUGGCUGUGGA